AUGUCUAGUGAUCGUCUAGACUGGUCCCAGCCAGCGUCCAGAGGAGAUGGUACUUGGUUGAGACGUGGAGGUCGCAGGCCAGUCUGUGAAGACGCUCGAGAGAUCUUCGAGCAGAGUAACGCUAUGACGACUGGAAUCAAUUUCAACGAAUACGAUAAAAUUCCAACGGAGGUGUCUGGGAAGGGCGCUGCUGGGAUCGGCCAUAUUGAUUCUUUCGGCGAAGCGAAGCUAGAUGCAGGCAUAUUGAGAAAUAUUGAAAAAUGUGGAUAUACGAAGCCGACACCUGUGCAGAAGCAUGCUAUACCUGUUGUUAUGGCUAAACGUGAUCUGAUGGCGUGUGCGCAGACUGGGAGCGGCAAGACUGGUGCGUUCCUACUACCCACGAUUCACAGAAUGAUCGAGGAGGGACCGCCAGCAUCAGUGAACAGCUCUGUGAAGAACGGUGGAAGGUGGAAGGCUUAUCCAGUGUCGCUGGUCCUUGCUCCUACGAGGGAGCUCGCGUCGCAGAUAUUCGAGGAAGCCAGGAAAUAUUGUUAUGGAACUGGUAUAAGAUCGGUGGUGGUAUACGGCGGAGCGGAGAUAGAUUGCAGCUCAGGGAAUUGGAAAGAGGCUGCGAUUUACUCGUUGCAACGCCGGGGAGAUUGA